AUGGUGGCGCUUCUCUCCGGCCUGCUGCUUCUCGCCGCCGCCGCCAGCGCCCAGUUCGUCCACCAGGAAUAUCACAGUCGCAACUUUACUAUUGUCAAGUCGCCCGCCAAUCGCAACGUCACCGUCGCGUACAAGGAACCCAAUGGCGCCUGCAAGACGGCGUUCUCAUCACAGAAGCAGUAUACCGGCUGGGUUACUGUGCCCGGCGACUAUCCCACCAACCUUUUCUUUUGGUUUGUCGAGGCACGUGAGAAGACGGACAAGCUCACCAUCUGGCUCAAUGGAGGCCCGGGCUCCAGCUCCAUGUACGGUUUCUUCACAGGCAAUGGCCCCUGUGCCGUCGUCGAAAAGGGCCUUAAUACAUACGACACAGUUGCCAGAGACUGGGGUUGGGACCGCGGCUCCAAUAUGAUCUUCAUUGACCAGCCCAACCAAGUUGGCUUUUCAUACGAUGUUCCUUUGAACGGCACCAUGCUCUUUCCUAACGGCAGCGUCGUCCUUCCGCCAUUAGCUGAUGAAAGUACAAAGAACCCAUGGUCCAUCACCAACGGCACCUUUACCUCCGGCAAUUCAAAUUCCACAGCCAACACCACCGAAAAGGCCGCUUUUGCUGUAUGGCACCUGCUUCAGGGCUUCCUCGGCACAUUUCCCCAAUAUCUGCCACCGCGACCCCAGCCUGUGUCUAUUAACCUGUUUGCGGAAAGCUAUGGUGGUCGCUACGGCCCCAUAUUUGCCGAUAUCUGGGAGCAACAGAACCAGAUUCUCCAACUCACACCCGCAAGCACGAAUUCGACACGGCAGGUCCAUAUGACCUCGCUUGGCAUUGUCAAUGGUUGCGUUGACCAAGAGAUCCAGCAGGCUUUGUCUCCCAAGUUCGCCACCGCCAAUACAUAUGGCUUCAAGGCUUACAGCGAUGAGGAGGCCAAGUUUUACACUGACAAGUUCAGCGCCAGUGGCGGAUGCGCCGAGAGACUGAGACGGUGCGCCAGCCUUGCUGGGUCUUUUGACAGCAAUGGCACUGGUACCGCUGACGGCGUCAAUCAGUCUUGCCAAAGAGCUAAUGCUGUAUGCAAUGAUGUCGACAGCCCUUAUUACGCCGCCGGAAGAAGUGUCUACGACCUCUCUGCGCCCAUCACAGAUCCUUUUCCGUCGUAUGGAUUCGUCGACUACCUUAACCAAGGCUCUGUUCUCUCCGCCAUUGGCUCGCCAGUCAACUAUACCAUGAACAGUAAUGCAGUCUACUUUGCUUUUGAUGCGACUGGAGACCUUUCGAGAGGUCAGACUAUACCCCGCAUAGCAAAGCUGCUUAACAGCGGAGUCCGCAUCGGCUUCAUCUACGGUGAUCGAGACUAUAUAUGCCAUUGGUUCGGCGGUGAGGCCAUCUCGCUCGAAGUCGCCAAACAAGCUGGUGGCCAAUACGUCACUCAGUUUCCCGCAGCAGGGUAUUCGCCCAUUAUUGUCAACAGCUCAUACAUUGGCGGCGAAGUUCGUCAAUUUGGCAACUUGUCAUUCAGUCGCGUCUUCCAAUCUGGACAUUCGGUGGCCUCGUACCAGCCUGAGACGGCAUUUCAAAUUUUCAAUCGCGUCAUGACUGGCACCUCGGUCUCAACUGGCCAGGCCGUCGACGUCAACACGUAUAGUACCUCUGGCCCAGGCAACUCGACCACCACGGGCAAGCUACCCCGGAUGCCGGAUACUGUCUGCUUCAUACGCGCUUUCCAAGAUACAUGUGACAAGGAUGCGCAACAGCUAGCUGCCAGCGGUAAUGGCGUCGUCAUUAAUGGCAUCCUCUACAGCUCAUCGGCGGACUGGCCGCUCAUGACCAAGACUACAACCCCGACCAAGACUGCCACCACCAAGACGUCAAGCGCAACGCUGACUGGGGCGUACACAGCUACAGAGACGCCCAAAAAUGCGGCUGGCAAAGCAAAUCCCCCACUAGCCUUUCAUAUUACCGUCAUACUGGGCGCUGCUCUGUUGCCAGUCAUGGAUUGGAUAUAA